UAAAAAGCACCGCAUCCACCGUCGGUAGCUACGGGACUUUACAUAACACCCCGCUUCACUCUACGAUUUACCUCCAACUACGCAAUGGCACUCGACCGUCUCAAGCAAGCAGCUUUCCACCUGGCUGGUCAUGGAGAGCUCCCACACCCGUUUGACCCGCUUUCCGAGUCGGAGAUUGAACAGGCGGUUGCGAUUGUUCGCAAACAGAACAACAACGUCUUCUUCAACACAGUCACGUUGUGGGAACCGCGUAAGGUGGAGAUGAUGCAAUGGAUGAAGGAUGUCGAGCAUACGCCUCGACCACAUCGAGUUGCUGAUGUAGUAUGCAUUGGCAGAGGAAGCAAAGUUUAUGAUGCGACCGUAGACUUGAAUGAGGAGAAGAUUGUCAGUUGGGAACAAAUGGACGGGGUACAGCCUCUGAUUACUAUGGAAGAUCUGCAAAUUGUUGAGAGCAUUGUGCGAAAAGAUCCGAAGGUCAUCGAACAAUGCGGUAUCAUCGGUAUUCCGCCAGAAGAUAUGCACAAGGUGUACUGCGAUCCUUGGACGAUCGGUUACGACGAGCGAUUCGGUAACAAUGUCCGCCUACAGCAAGCCCUCAUGUACUAUCGCCCACAUGUCGAUGAUAGCCAAUACACCUAUCCACUUGAUUUCUGUCCGAUUUACAACUCCGACACGCAGGAAAUCGUUCACAUUGACGUACCUCCCGUCAGAAGACCACUCAAUACCGCAUCACCCAACAAUUACCAUGCGGCCGCAAUCGAGAAGGAGGGCGGGUUUCGCACCGAUUUGAAGCCAAUCAACAUCACGCAACCCGAAGGAGUCUCAUUCUCUGUGGAUGGCAGAUACAUCAGUUGGGCCAACUGGAAAUUCCAUGUCGGCUUCAAUUACCGCGAAGGCAUGGUUCUCUCCAACAUCACUUUCAAUGAUAAAGGCACCAUCCGAGACACCUUCUGGCGACUUUCACUUGCGGAGAUGGUCGUGCCGUACGGAAACCCUGAACACCCUCAUCAACGCAAGCACGCCUUUGACUUGGGUGAAUACGGUGGCGGGUACAUGACUAAUUCGCUAAGCCUGGGAUGUGAUUGUAAAGGUGCGAUUCAUUACAUGGACGCUGCCUUUGUUAAUCGAGCUGGUGCUGCGACAACGAUCAAGAACGCCAUCUGCAUCCACGAAGAAGACGCAGGUAUUCUCUUCAAGCACACCGACUUUCGUGAUGACAGCGUAACUGUAACACGUGCUCGCAAACUCAUCGUCUCACACGUCUUCACAGCUGCCAACUACGAGUACUGCGUGUACUGGAUUUUCCACCUCGACGGCACGAUUCAACUCGAGAUCAAGCUGACAGGCAUCCUAAACACAUACGCCAUGAAUCCCGGCGAGGAUCUGAACGGCUGGGGCACUGAGGUCUAUCCCGGCGUGAACGCACACAACCACCAGCAUCUAUUUUGCUUGCGCGUGGACCCCAAUAUUGACGGACCAGACAACACCGUCUUCAUGGUCGAUGCCACGCGCGGCGACGGGGAAGUUGGCAGUGCAGAGAACAAGUACGGGAACGCAUUCUAUGCCAAGAAAACGAAGCUCAGCAACCCUGAGCAGGCGGCGACCGACUACGAUGGGGCCACGAGCAGGACAUGGGAAAUGUGCAAUGAGGGAAAACUGAACCCGUACAGCAAGAAGCCAGUUAGUUACAAGUUAGUGAGUCGGGAGGUCCCCGAGCUGUUGCCAAAGCCGGGCGGAUUAGUGUGGAAGAGGGCUGGAUUCGCGAGACAUGCUGUGCAUGUCACAAAGUACGACGACGCGCAAAUUCAUCCAGCCGGUCGUCAUGUCCCACAAACCUCUGGCGACCCUUCACAAGGCCUCCCCGCCUGGAUUGCUUCGAAUCCCACUGCCAACCUCGAAAACACCGAUGUUGUUCUCUGGCACACGUUUGGUAUUACCCACUUCCCAUCUCCCGAGGACUUCCCAAUCAUGCCUGCCGAGCCGAUGACACUGCUUCUGAGGCCGAGGAAUUUCUUUACGAGAAACCCGUGUCUCGAUAUCCCUCCGAGUUACUGUAGUGUGCCUAGUGGUGUGAAGCAGGGCAGCACACUGGUGGACAAGAUUAGCAAAUUGGCGUUUGGGGACAAGGCACAAGCAAAGACCGAGGAUACGUGCUGCAAGUGAACUUGUUCGCCUAUGGUGCAUAGAUCGAGUAGUGUUCAUGUAGAGCGUUCAUUUGAAACAAGCUCUACCGUCAUAUAUGGUGAAUC